UUUUUUGUUUUAUUUAGUUUGUUUUAUUAUUUUUUUAAUAUUUUUGCUUUUAAAAAUAAUAUUUUUUUGUAUUUUUUUUGGAGGAGUUAUUAAGGGAUUUUUGAAUAUUUAUGGCUUCUGCAUCAUCAGAAGCUCAGCGAACAAUACCUAAUAAUCAUCAGAGUUUGCCAGGUGUAGUUUCAAGACCGCUUACAGAAGAUGGACGUCCGUUGAAAUGUUAUAUUGGAAAUUUAAGUAAUCAAUGUCGUAUGUAUCAUCUCCGUGAGAAAUUUUCACCUUUUGGGACGAUUAUUAAUGUCGAAUUAAAGCCUAAUAUUGGAUGUGGUUUUGUGGAAUUUGUGGAUCCAGAAUCAUGUAUUAAAGCGUGUGAUGCACUCGAUGGAACAGAACUUUUUGGACAAACGUUGCGUGUUGAAACUCAGAAACAAGUUUAUGGAAUAAGAAAGAUAGUUACGGAGAAACUUGAAGGAUGUUUUAAUUGUGGGGCUAAGAAUCAUUGGGCUAAACAUUGUCCUAAGAUGCCACCUCCUGGAACGCCACAAAAUGUCUCUCCUCCAAGAUCAUCUAUGUUAUCUUCAGAAGCUUAUGGUUACUUAAAGCCUUAUAGCCAUAGUGUUAAUAAUUAUGAUUAUCCGCGAUAUUAUUCUGAAAAUUUACCUCACUAUCGGCAGCCAUGUUUAAAUGGGUAUAGAGAUCCUUAUUAUUAUGCACCAAGGGAUUAUAUUUUUCGAGAUCGUGAUACUCGAGAUUUAAGGAAUUUUCAAAAAUAUAGAAAUCGAGGUCAAUGGAAUCUGCCUUCUGCUGAAAAGAUUCCUGAAAAUGCAACUGUCAGUCAUAAGAGAUAUGCUAAUAGCGAGCCUUGGUUUAAUGAGUCUCAUCAACUAACAGCUCUUCCCAGAACUUCUCAAAUUUCUACAGAGUCUAAAUUUAAAGCAGAAAAAUCAUUAGAUGAAGACAAAGAUGCGAAGACUCAGUUAAGGAAUUCUACUCAUGCUGAGACUAUGUUGAAAACAUCUGAAAAAGAUUUCAUAUCUGAAAAAAAAUUAUCUAAUGAUCAAAAUCUUGCAACUUGCGAUUCCCCAACUCUAGCUAAGGAAACGCAAAUUAACGACUCUUUAGAAAAUAAGAAAGUGAUACCUUAUCGCUUAGAACGAAAAGAACGUGUUUCAUCUUCAUACUCCGAACCUCGAUAUAAUAAUUGCUAUAAUUGUCAGGAUCAUAUCCAUUCUGAAUCUUAUGAUCGGCCAUAUUUAUCAUCUAAAUAUCCAAAUAAUAACCCUCAUUAUGAUCAUCAUGUAAAUUAUACUAAUCGUCAUGCACUUUUUCGUAUGAGAUCUAAAUAUCCUGAUGGUUAUAGAUAUUGUUCAUAUUCAGAGCCUUAUCUGCCUUAUACGCCUUAUGAUUCUAAUUAUAGAAGUCGUAAAUCUUUGCAACAUUUAGAUUAUUCUUCUAAUUCAAGAAUGGAUUGUGCCCCGCUUAAUUAUUCUCAAGGUUAUCUGCGUAGAUGUUCACCGUUGCCAAAUUUAUAUUCACCAAAUCUAUACUCUCCAACUUAUAAUUAUGGUUAUUCUGAAUAUCGUUAAAAUAUGUCGUCAUUUAUUUAGUUAAUGAAGGAUAAUAAUUAGUUAUAUAUUUUU